UGUGAGUUCGAUGUUUAUUUAGAGACUUUAUUGAGCGGCUUGUGGCGGGGUCGAGGAGUUUCGUUAUUCGAGUUAGUGAGACUGAGCACACGGUAGUUUGUUGGAGCGAUCGCGUGAGUUCUCGGGUUUUUUUGCUUGAUACCCCGGUGAUGUGAUUUCAUUCCUCCGAGAUGAUCGUGGAAUACUUCGAUCGGUGCAAUGCGAAGUGAAGCUCCCGAAGCUGAUGGAUCGGCGUGGAGAAUGGUUAUUUAAGCCUUGCAUUUUUUAUGGUAUUCACAGCGGGUGCUUGUGUUUACAGAGAUUUUUCCAGAGAGCGAAAUGAUUCGGUGGUUUUCUGAUGGUAGCGGGAUGCUUUGAAAUUCCUGUUGUUCGAUAGCACCAUGCAUCGGGGCCGCAGCCGGAAUCAUUCGCACUGUCAUGAUAGGAGUAAUCGUGAAUCUCUGAAGAAGUCUCUGGGCGUGGAUGAAGAGUGUGGAGCCCAGGGCACGAACAAGCCAUGGAAACUUACUUGGAACUUGUCCCUCGGCAGGGGUAAAAAUUCUGCAGUAUCCUCAAAUUUGGCUGUGGGGAAGCAUAAGAGGAUAGUGAUCAUCAGGGAACAGAGUGCAAAUGUGGUAGCGCAAGAAGAGGCGCGAUUAGAUCUAAAGGAUGUAAACAACGUCAUUGCCUUCCUUUCUACUUUGCAGCAGGUUCCAAAUUGCUUAGGAACAAAAAGUCUUCACAACGUCUUAGCUAAGCCUGAUAUUCAAGGGCGUGCACGUGCUGUGUUAUCUACAUUACAUAAUGAAUGUAAAAAGCAAUUGAAGCGGAAUGACAGCGCCAAAGGCACUAUGGAAAGCGAGUUAGGUUCGUCAUUCUCAUGUAAGGUUUCGAGAGGACCUACUUUGAAUCAUUCCUUGGAGUGGCCAGGUCGCCAUAACCAAUUGCAAAAACAAAUCUGUCUGGGGAUCUCUUCACUAAAUCCAAAUUUAGCGGCCAAUGGUGUCGAUUUCUCCUCUUUUCUCCUUCUCGAAGGUGACGAGACUGGGGAACCGAGGGCAUGGGAGCGACGGAAUGACAUGCAGCAGCGACAACCAAGUGGUUGGUGGCGGCGAACUUUGUUAGGCAGUCUAGCGGGUGCAGUUGUCCUAAGAAUAAUGUUCUUCAGAUUCCCUUGGCUUCUCCUUCCUCAUCUAUUCACCUUACCAUGUUUCAGGCGUAGUAGUCGCCCAACGCACAAGAAAAUUAUGGAGAGGAAAAAUUGGUGGCACCUGCCUGGGAAGCUCAUUACAACAGUUUCAAUUCGCUUCUGCGGUUCCCUUUCGAAUUCCGUUGUUGCUGCAAACCUGCUGCUUCUGAUAUUUGAGCUUCGCAAUAUGAUAGAUUCAGGGCGCUUAGCUGAUGUAGACCUCACAAUGCUUCAGGGUCGUUUUCAAAGAGGUCGAGGGUGUUGUAGCUGCGCGUCGUCUUGUAAUCAGGGCGGUUCUAACAUUGAACCUUCUGGUUUUUCAAGGCCUUGCGGAACCUGCUGCCUCAAUUCAUGCGGAGCUUUAGAUCAAGCUGUGAUAGAUGAUAAACUACCCUUGAACUGGAAGGAGGGAAUUGGUCAUUUGAUAGAUCUUGCUCAGAAAGGACGCGACGUGAGAGACAAGUCAGCCGUUCUGACUAGCCGAGAAGACAUCGUGCACUUGGCAGAACUUAUUCAUGCGGCUCUUUCGAUGCCAAAGGAUUGUUUUGAUAAAUUGUUACACGCCCAGCUUCGAGCUCCGGCACCCUCAUUAGAAUUGAAGACAGAUUUUGAAGUAGAAAAGGGCUUCGUUACUAUUGAGACUGAAGACGUAAUCGACCAGAAGGCAGAUUCAGAAGAUACAAAUUUGCGGGGAGAACUAAGCAAUCCAAUGGUAGUGGUAACGAAUCCUGGAUGCCAGAAUACACUAACAGAUUCUUCAAACUCUAUUGAAGGACAUCCGGAAGAAACUGAAAACUCAGCUCUACUGAGAUCCAUUUUGUUGGGAAAACAUAAAACUUACCUUCAUAGCUUCAAGUCUUCUGCCUGUCCAUCAGAUGUGGAAUCGGAAUGUUUCUUUGAGACCUCCAUGAGUUUACCUGACUUGGAAAAUCUAGGGUAUCAGCAGGUCUAUGAGUUGGAUACGAAUUCAGACAAGUCGGAGAAUUGGAGAAGUGCUCAUUCGGAUGCAUCGACUAUUGACGUAGAUGAACAUGUCCUUGCCCAAGAACCGAAUGCAGGUCACUGCCAUCAGGGGUCUGACUGUCUGGACGAUCAAUCAGUGGUAAUUCUAAAUAGAGAAGAAUCGUUUCAGACUAUAAACAGUGAAGACAGUGUUUCAAAAUGUCAGCCUCAUUCUUUGUCCACGACGGCGGAGUGUGGUGCAGCGAUGAUUCUUUCUGACCCUUCAAGUGAUUGUCAUCAUUUCUCCGAUCACCCUACUUGCAUUUCUCUUCGUGAGCGGCGACAUGAACAUGGAGAUCAAAAGUAUCUGAGUAUAGAUGAAUUGAAUUCUUUGCGUUGGCGAGAGCUGGUUUUCUGGCACGGUCAUUGUCGUCGAGGCAACCCGACGCUACACAUACUUUUAGGAAAGGCUAUACAGAAAUUGCCUCCGAAAGAGCUUCAAACAAUUAGCUCAGUCAUUAUUUCUCAUUUGGAGUACGCUGAAUUGAAUUUUUUCAAAGCUUCAGCUAAGCAAAUAAACAUCAUCAUGGAUUUGUGGGGAAUUGGACUAAUGAGAAUUCCACCAUUGGAGGUUCUGUCCCAUGUUGGAAUGAUCAUGAAUCGAGACUAUGCAGGCCGUGGGGGUUCAAUGCUUUUGGUCAAUGCGCCAAUGAUGCUGUCGCUGGUGAUAGGCGGCAUUAAAAGAGUUUUGCUGCGCCCCGGCUACAACAACAGUGCUAUGAUCGAGAAAGGAUUUUUCGAAAACAAGGAUCGAAUUCUGUUCCUCAAUCGGAAUUACAAACAUGCUCUAGAGGAACAUUUCGAGUUGACCUCGUUGCCGUCGAUGUUCGGAGGAAAGUGCAGUAACAAAUUUUGUCCAGAAGGUUGUAAUCUACAAGGUGAGUAUUAUAGCGAGACUGAAUCGUCAGGUCUUCACCAACAUGACCUGAGAUUGAAAAUUGUUGGAGAGUCGAAAAAUUAGAGAUCAACAUUAGAGCCUGUAAAUAUUUCGGUAAUUAUGUCUCCCAUUUUUAGGGAAAUAUCAUAAAGGUUCGAGUAGGCACAUCAUCCAUUCUUCAUGGAGCAAUUUUCUCAUCAAUCAUAUGUUAUGAAUAGUUUUGUUGCUGCCCGAGCAGUUUCUCUUGGGGCAUUCGUUUGUGCAGAUGUAGAUUUUAAGGACUAGUGGGACCAUGUUCAGGAUUAAGUUUUGCUCAUUCUAAAAUUUUAGCUAGGUUCGUAUUUCAAUCUAUUUUCCGUCGACUGAUGGUUGAAUAAUAUAUUCGUCGUCAACCGAUAAUGAUGUUGCUCAUCAAGAUCGUAAGUAUUUCGUGUUCCAGCA